AUGCGGCGGACUCCGGCCGGAGGAGGCGUCCUUCUACUCUUACUGGUCAUCUUUGAUUUUGGACAUAGUCUCCAUGUAGAGCUGGCGAAGAGAAGCAUUAAACUGCACGAUGAAAGAAAACCAUUGUCAAGAUAUAAACGUGAGUGGAUUAUUCCACCAGUUUCAAUUCGAGAGGAACAGGACAAUUCUUACAAAAAUCCCAUUGCAAGGAUCCAAUCUGAUGUUAAGAUGGACGUAAGAAAGAGAAUUCGCUACAGCAUUGUUGGUAGAGGCGUGACAGAACCACCACUUGGCUUAUUCAUAAUUGAUGAAAGGACAGGGGACUUGAAUGUAACUGGAAUUGUGGACAGGGAAGACAUUGACAUGUUCUUUUUGAAAGGUUAUGCCAAGGAUGAGACUGGAAAAGAUGUUGAACCUCCUAUAGAACUUCGAGUUAGUGUUGAGGAUAUUAACGAUAACAGUCCAGUGUUUAUCAGCGAUGUUUUUGUUUGUUCAGUUGAAGAAAUGUCUGAAACAAGCACGCUCAUUAUGGUUCUAAAUGCCACGGAUGCAGAUAAGCCUAACACCCUAAAUACCAAGCUUGCGUACAAAAUCCUUUCCCAAGUGCCAGGAGACAAACUCCUUUUCAUGUUGACAAAGGAUGGUGAAGUUCGCACCACAUCAACAAAAAUUGACAGAGAGCAACAAACCAGCUACAGUCUGGAGGUUGAAGUAAAAGAUCGGGAUGGAGAUCCAAACGGAGGUCUCUCUGGAACAGCUAAGGUGAAAAUCAAAGUGAUAGAUGUAAAUGACAACAUUCCUACACUCGAAAAGGAAGAGUACUCUGGCGAAGUGGAAGAAAAUGUUGAGGGUGUUGAAAUAUUGCGUAUGAAAGCAUUUGAUCAAGAUGAAGAGUUUACAGACAACUGGUUUGCUAAUUUUACUAUAAUAUCAGGAAAUGAAGGGGGCCACUUUAAGAUCAUAACCGAUGAGGAAACAAAUGAAGGCGUACUGAUGCUGGUGAAGGAAGCAGAUUAUGAAAUGAUGCAGAAUGCACAGCUCAGUGUAGUUGUCUCAAACCGAGCAGAGUAUCACAGUUCAAUCAUGCACCUAAUUAGUGGA